GUAAAGUUUACUGCAUAUUAUGUUACAUGCAAAGUCAUACAACAGAAAGCCGAAAAUCUUUAAAUAGAACGAUCGACCACGAAGAACUCUAUUGAUCUCAAUAUCAGCCUCAAUCUGGCGAAUUUGACACAAUCCAGAUGGUCGCAAGGGUUGACUGCUGAGUGCGGUUUACGUUCCCCAAUCUGAUUUGUUGACUCCAGAGCUUGACAUAUUAACUAGAGCUCAUUGUCCGUCCAUUUUUCAGACUACACUGUUGCACUGUAUCUCGGCAUCCUCAUAAUCAAUCACCCCGAAUAGCGUCGUUGCAAUGGCUGAUCGCAUGGACUCACGCCAUGCCUACUUUAUGAAGCAGGCAUUAUUCAUGGGUGAAAAGGCACUUGAGACCGGUGAGACGCCGGUUGGGUGUGUCCUUGUGUAUAAUGACGAGAUUGUCAGUUCAGGGAUGAACGACACCAACAAAUCCAUGAAUGGCACAAGGCAUGCUGAAUUCAUUGCCAUCGAGGAAAUGCUUGAUAAAUACCCUAGGUCGCAUCUUCGCUCGACAGACCUCUACGUAACUGUUGAGCCGUGUGUUAUGUGCGCAUCUGCCUUGAGGCAAUACCAGAUACGCGCAGUCUAUUUUGGUUGCGGAAAUGACAGAUUUGGAGGCACUGGAAGCAUCCUCUCGCUACAUUCUGACCUCUCGAUAGAUCCGCCGUACCCAGUACAUGGGGGAAUAUUUCGGGAAGAAGCUAUAAUGCUACUUCGACGCUUCUAUAUACAGGAGAACGAAAAUGCACCCAAGCCCCGGCCCAAGAAACACCGUGAGUUAAAGACGAGCUUUGAAGCUGGCGUAUCAGGCAAUUAAACUCUGAGAUCACCAAUAUGGAGCAUGG